AUGAACUUUACAAGCCGUAAAAGCGAUGUCAAGCCCGACGAUGUCGCCAACGUCCCUCCUGAGCUGUCGGACCUGCACUGCUUUACCGAGACCGGAGGCGUCAUCACCACAACAAUGUUCGACAUCCCGGGGUACCGCGUAGUGCGCACCCUCGGCGCCGUGUACGGCCUCUCGGUGCGUUCGCGCAACAUCGCGGCGAGCCUGGGGAUGGUGAUCAAGUCGCUGGCGGGCGGGGAGCUGCGGUGGUUCACGACGAUGCUGUACAACUGCCGCAACGACGCGCUGGGGCGCGUGGUGACGGAGUGCAAGCAGCGGGGCGGCAACGCCAUCAUCUGUCUGCGCUUCGACGCCUCGGACCUGGGCGGGUUCGCGCAGACGUGCGCGUACGGGACGGCGUGCGUGGUGGAGAAGAUUCACGAGGAGGUCGCCGUCGCGCCGCAGCUUGCGGGUGCUGUGUAG